CCAAUUUACUCUGUAUACUUUUUGUUGUGAAAAAGGAGUACAUGAAGAAUAUUUAAUAAAGCAUUUACCCAUUUAUGUGUCAUUGUUUUCAAGCUGCAGGAUGAAAGUAAUCUCCUUUUUAUGUCAAUUAAUACUAUGGUAUCCCUAAUAUGGUUGGUAUGGCAUAAUUUAAAACUCAUUAAAAUUUCAUUCAUGUUAAUUAGGUGCAAUUUUUUCCUGAUGUGUAUUCUGUUAUGAUUUUAUGUCUGCUGAUAUCAUGAAGGACUUUUUUUUAAGUUUAGACAAAACAGCUUAUUUACUUAAUAAAAUUAGUGACAAAGUUGCUGAUAUGCCAGCAUCCUCGACACCAACAACAUCAUCAACUACGAACAAUGUUAGCACACUUGAUUACGCAUUAAAAGAAGCUCAACGAUUUCAAACAUUCUAUAACGAUGUUCUUGCCAUGCACGAUUUGUUGGAAAAAGUACAGAACAUAACGCUACGAAGACAAUUUCGGGAAAUUAUAAAUAAAAUUGAAGAUGAUUUUGUUGGUGAUACAGACUUUACAGCUCCAAGACUGUCUUUAUACAAGACAUUAAGAUUGGGUAUAAUUGGUGGUUCACUGUCUGGAAAAUCAUCCCUUAUUCAAAGAUUUAUUACUGGUACUAAUCCUAAGGAAGAUGUGAUGCCAGGGAAACAUAAAAAAGCUGUGAAUGUACAAGGAACGUCACAUCUACUGUUAAUAAGAGAUGAAACUGGACCACCUGACGGUCAAUUCUCGCUGUGGGCAGAUGCAGUGUUACUGGUGUUUAGUAUAUCAGAUGAGCUUAGUUUCAAUGUUAUUUCCAGUUACUAUGCUAAGAUGUUGCAGUUUCGUAGUGAAAGAGAGCUACCUUGUUUCCUGGUGGCCGUUAAAGAUAGCAUGAAUUUUGACAGUUCGAAUGGCUCUGUGUCGGAGGCAAGAAUAAAAAAAUUUAUUGGUGAUCAUCAAAAGUGUCCCUUUUUCGACGUUUCUCUUGAAUCUGGUGAAAAUGUUCAGGAGGUAUUUCAAACAGCUGCAGAGAAGAUUGUGCAGUAUCAAAAUUUAAUACGUUUGCCUAGUUGUGACAACCUUUCCAUAUCAUUAAAUUCACUUUCACUUGAUGCAUCAAAUUCAUUUUCUGGAUCGAUGAACUCGUUAAAAAAACCGAAACGAAGGAACACAUUGUUUUCACUCAAUAAGAAACAACAACAAGAAGAACACGUGUUAGACGAUAUUGGAAGUGGUAGACAUAUUCCAGUUAAACAGGGAUAUUUAUAUAAAAAGAAUCAUCAUAGUAGUAUUAAAGAUUGGAAGAAAAAAUAUGUAAUUAUCGCUAACGAUCAAACGUUCUCAUAUUACCCAUCAAUGAAGGAUUAUAUGGACGACAACAAUGUGAAGUCCAUCAAACUUAUUCAUGCAUCUGUCAAAGUGCCUGGUAAACAUGGAUCAAAACCGUCCAAUCAAAUGCACUCUUUACUCCAACGAUCAAACAGUAGAAGUGCUUCUGCGCAAAACCUUCACACCACAUUGAAUUCUACGAAAAGCAUCGAAGUCACCAAACCAGUAGACUGUUACGUCAUAUCAAACACUGGUACUGCAGAAAACUCUCCACGUGAAAAUGGAAACAUAAGCGGCUCACCAACGAUCAUUCAAAGUUCCGUUGAACGUAGUUUUAGUGACGGAAAAGAUUACGGUCCAUCAAGUGGUAUACGAGUGACGCAAAGUUUCGAUGCUUUUCCGACAAAACGUAAACAUCGCAAAGCUAAUAAUCGAUACAAAUCUUGCGAGAUAGAUUAUCAAGUUGAAAACGAUACCAGCAGUGACGUCGAUGGGAUUUUAUACACACCCUCCACACCCGUGAUUAAAAAGAAAGCGCUCCAUCGGAGACAGAAAAGUAAUGCUAAUUUGAAAGAUCUUGGAAUAGAAGGAAGAGCGACGGAUACCGAGGAUGACGAUUUUGUAUUUUCAUUGGUUACAAUUGAAGGUAAAAAUUGGGACUUUGAAUGUUCGAGUGUUGAGGAUCGUGAUGCUUGGGUGCGUGUUAUUGAAAGUCAAAUAUUGAAAGCUUUCCAAUCACAACAGUCCCAACCGCCUAAAGCUACGGAGAAGUUAAAUCAUGCAAGUCCAACAAAAUCUGAAUUAUCCGUUCAAGAAAUAUUACUUAACGUUUCUGGCAACAAAAGAUGUGCUGAUUGUGAUGCUGAAGAUCCUGAAUGGGCAUCAAUCAAUCUUGGAAUAUUAAUUUGCAUUGAAUGUUCUGGUGUGCAUAGAAACUUAGGCUCACAUCUGUCACGUGUUCGUUCAAUACUGCUCGAUGAUUGGCCACCUGAAGCGGUAGCAGUAAUGAUGUUGCUAGGUAACAAGGUAGCAAAUAGCGUAUGGGAGUCUCGUACACAUGCAAGAAAAAAACCAACACGCAACUCUUCAAGAGAAGAACGCGAGCGCUGGAUUUGUGGCAAAUACGAAAAGAAAGAAUUUCUCUCUCCAGUAUUAUCUUCAAAAUAUUCAAUAUCUCAGGAAAUUAUGUCAUGCGUAAAAGCUAAGAAUCUCCCGGAGUGUUAUUCAUUGUUGAUCCGCUGCAAAGCGGAAGACGUAAAUAUGUUGUCGGACGUGGCUGGAAGUAAGCUGGCACCAUUACAUAUGUCUUGUGCAAACGCUAACGUACCUUUAACUCAGUUACUAUUAUGGUACAACGCUGAUCCAAAGAUAGUCGACGAUCGUGGCUACAACCCCAUAUUCUAUGCACACAAAUCGAAUUCAAAAGAAUGCGCUGAUUUAUUGUUUCAAUAUGGCUGUCCUGAAGACACUCCGUGUUAAGAGUCCCCGCACCACUACGCUGUCUGAAAACGACCGGUUGGUUAUCAACUUGACAACAUAACACGCGUUGUGGACGAUAAUGAUGUACGUCAAGUCCACGUCACGUCGCGUCACAUUAAUUGGCACCACCGACAUAUUUAUAAGUCGAUUUUGUUUUAUCACAUUCUUGUCUAAUCUCUUGAACAAAGCAGUGAUAUUACACCUGUGGAAGAGCGCGUGGGGAACAGUGUAGCUACAGUGUAGCGAGAUGAAUGGCAUGCUUAUUCAUUGUAACAAUAUACGUAGAUACGGAAGAUAAAUAUAUUUUAUUAAUAAUUAUUAAUUUUGUUGUACAUAAUUAGUGCUUUUUUGUUAAAUAUUUAAAAACUAAUGAACAAAUGCAUAUAGAUAUAUAUAUAUACAAAACAGAUUGUAUAAAAGAGAAUUUAUAUAAAUCUUUCCUACGUUGUAAA